CUUCUGUGAUCUCGUCAUACGGCUUUCAAACGUAUGGACAAUGUUCGACUUGAUCUCGACCAUGUUUCCAACAAUGACGAUUCGACUUUGCCAAAUCAACGAGAAGAAGCCCAUUCAACUGUCCCCGUAGACAAUUCAAUUAGGGCAGAAAAAGAAGGAUCCACCCGUCGUCUCAGCUUCCUCGAUCGAUAUUUGGCUGUAUUUAUCCUGGUCGCAAUGAUCGUGGGUGUCUUGAUCGGCUACUAUGUGCCUGGUGUACAACAUUCUUUCGAAACUGUACAAUUUGGAUCCGUUUCCGUUCCUAUCGCCAUUGGUCUACUGUUGAUGAUGUAUCCAAUCAUGUGCAAUGUGCAGUAUGAACGAUUGCAUACUAUCUUGGUGUCAAAACCAGUGUGGAUUCAAAUAGCUAUCUCGAUCUUGAUUAACUUUAUCGUGGGGCCUAUUAUCAUGACCGCGCUUGCCUGGGCUACCUUGCCAGAUCUUGCGGAAUUCAGGGCAGGGGUCGUUAUGAUCGGACUCGCUCGAUGCAUCGCAAUGGUUCUCAUAUGGAUCCAUUUGGCGCAUGGAGACGACACCUUUGGCGCAAUGCUGGUUGCCAUCAACUCAAUCUUACAGAUUGGACUCUAUUCUCCUUAUGCCGUGCUUUUUAUUAAUAUCAUUCCAUCUUGGUUCGGUGCGCAAGCGGAUAGUACCGUCAAAGUCGAGAUUUGGCCUGUGGCACAAUCCGUGCUGAUUUAUCUGGGUAUCCCGCUUGUUGCUGGCCUUGCGACACGGUAUUCACUCAUGUAUUAUGCAGGCAGGAAAUGGUACGACGACAAGUUUGUGCCUUUCAUUGGACAUUGGGCAUUAAUUGGCCUCAUUUAUACCAUUACCAUCAUGUUUGCAAAUCAAGGACAUCAAAUCAUCGAAAACAUUGGCUCUGUUUUCCGUGUGGCUGUUCCAUUGGCUGUCUAUUUCUGCAUCAUGUUUUUCGCUGUCUUUUUUGCGUUGAAAGCAUUGGGUGCACCAUACGAUGUGGUCGUUACCCAAGCUUUUACUGGCAGCAGUAAUAAUUUUGAGCUGGCAAUUGCGGUAGCAGUGGGAACGUACGGUGUCCGCUCGGAGCAGGCGCUGUCAGCCACCGUGGGUGCUCUAAUCGAAGUUCCAGUGCUUUUGGCUCUGACGUAUGUCGCAAUGCUUUUCCGGAAAAAAUUAAACUGGGUCAAUCGGUCGCCACUUAUGACACUUGACAAAAACGGUUCUGUAUAGACUUGCAUACACUGUUACAUGUAGAAUUGUAUAUACUGUACAUACAUAUAUCCAUAGCAUUUACCUCAAUUUAAGUUAAUUCGUAGCUCGAGUUUUCAAACAAAGCUCUUUGUAACAUUAGCAGAUAUUCAUGUUUAAAAAGAAUUGUAGUUUCAUACUCUUAUAAGGCGAUAUCUUACUACUGGC